UUUUGUCGGUAGAGACGAGAGGAGGAGGUCGGUUGAGACGUUGGGGUGGCCAGCAACUAGCUCGUCGGUGCUCGUGGGCUUCGCCCGUUCCGUGCCUCGUCUCUCCCUGGAAGGGGAGGGGGGCUUCGAAGCCGAGCAGAAGCCGCCGCCGCCGUAGUCCCGGGCUUGAAGUCGCUAAGACUUCUCUCAAACUUGUGUGCUGAGGAGACUCAGAUGUUGGCCUCAGCUCCUAGGCUGAACUCAGCAGAUCGGCCCAUGAAAACUUCUGUAUUGAGACAAAGGAAAGGAUCUAUCAGAAAGCAACAUCUAUUAUCCUGGGCGUGGCAGCAAGGAAGAGGACAGGUAGUGGAAAUCCUGCAAUCGGAAAAGCAGACUGAAAGGUGACAAAGAAGCUGAAGAUGGGUGGUGGAGAGAGGUAUAACAUUCCAGCCCCUCAAACUAGAAAUGUUAGUAAGAACCAACAACAGCUUAGUAGACAGAAGACCAAGGAUCAGAAUUCCCAAAUGAAGAUUGUUCACAAGAAAAAGGAAAGAGGACAUACUUACAAUUCAUCAUCAGCUGCAUGGCAGGCCAUGCAAAAUGGGGGGAAGAACAAAAAUUUUCCAAACAAUCAAAACUGGAACUCUAGCUUAUCAAGUCCCACCUUACUUUUUAAGUCUCAAACUAAUCAGAACUAUGCCGGGGCCAAAUUUAGUGAGCCGCCAUCACCAAGUGUUCUUCCUAAACCACCAAGCCACUGGGUUCCUGUUUCCUUUAAUCCUUCUGAUAAAGAAAUGAUGACAUUUCAACUUAAAACCUUACUUAAAGUACAGGUAUAAAAUGAGAUAAAGUACUAACAUUUAAACUUAGUCAUAUUUAAGGAUAACUGGCAAUUGUUCCAGACCAAAUUCACUAGGGAAUUAAUCUGUAAAACUGAUUAAUGUAGAAAAUAUAAUUAGACUUCAUCUUAAUUGUUUUAUGUGCACUGUGAUGGUAGAAUCAGUACAGUUUAAAAUAACUGAAUUAUGGAUAAUUGUAUUUGAUCUCUUCACUAGUAUUCUCUAUUGAGUGACCAUAUAAGUGAAACCAUUCAAGUUUAGAUUUGGGGAAUGGUAAAGGAAUCAACUUUUUAUAUUGCUUGUUGGGGGAAAAUACUGAAGAUUAUCAUUUCAUGGGUCAGCAGAUUGACUUGUUAAGAUGGUAAAUCUGAUCAUAAGCAUCCAGUUAAAGACAUACAGGGGUUGAAAACUAUUUGAAUCUUUGAGAUGUUAUUGUCCUAGAGACACCUAAAUCAGUACACCUAAACCAGUAGUAUGACAACAACCUGAUGCACUGCCUAAAGAAAAUGUGAAUUUUUUUUUUUUUUUUAGAGAAUAGUAUUUUAAUGAACUGUAUGGUGGUGAAUGUGUGAAGGGCACUAGGGGCUAUUUAGAAUGAAACAAGUAUACCCCAUUGGCCCUGUUAUAUGCAGUGGAUAGGUGUCUGCCAACAAAUGCACCAAAACCAUUUUUUAUAGAAACAGUAUUUGGUGUUCAGAGUAGCUUUCAAAAUACAUUUUUGUAUGAUGGCACUGCACAAGCUAUUCUGACAGUGAUACAGCUUUAAAUCAUUCCUGCAAAGGUUUUUUAAAGUUGGGAGCUGUAUAAUGUGAAAGUUCUGCAUACCUAGGAAAGAGCCAUGUAAAUAUAUGUAAUAAAAUUGUAGCAUAUGUAAAGUUUUGUUGGCAUUUAUCCUACAAAAAUAGAAUAUUUUAGUACAAAUUUGCUGAAUUUAAGACAUGGACUCUUAAUACUAUGGCCUAAUUUUAAAGGUCAAAAAAAAAACCCCCACAAACCAACCUGUUUUUAAAUUUUGCCCUUGUGCUGAAGUGCCAGUGUAUGUAUGUUAUAACUGAUCUUGCUGUAAACUAUAUUUCAAAGUAAAUCCUAGUGUAAGAAGUUUUAUAUAACUGAAAAGGUUUUAAGCUGCUAAAACACUUGCUAUUUUUGAGAUGUGAAAUGCAGUAUGGGGUUAUUUUUUUUCCUUAAACCCAAAGAUUAACCUCCAACCUUAAAGAUUCCUUUUGGCCUUCGACAGCUUGUGUAACCUGAGUAUAGGGUAGAACGUCAGUGUAUUUUUUUUUUCUUGUCAACAGGUGCAACCCAGGGGACCAACUUAUUGCAAAAGAUAUAAUUUCUUGCAUAAUACCUUGAUAACAUGUUUUGCUUACUUUAAACAUGCUAAUUAAUUACAACAGCCAUCCCAGUAGUAAAAGUAAAAUGUGUGUAUGGGGGGGGGUCUAUUUUCUAAUUUGGCAGCUUUUUUAUACUUUUAAGCAGAAUGGCUAAAUUGUUUCUCCAAAUAAAUUGAGGUGAGAUAGUACUGUCCAAGUCAAAUGAUGCUAUCCUAAAAACAAGUUUUAUAUAGUACUUAAUGUACAUACAUGAAUUCGAAGCAUGAAAUUAAAAAAUAAAAUUGUUUCUUCCCCA